AUGAGAAACAUGAGACUCUUUCUUUCACUUGCUUUCAGUGCUCUCACGUUACUUGAAGCAUACAAGUUUAACGAUGAAACUGAUAAGCAAGCGUUGCUUGACUUCAAGUCUCAAGUUUCUGAAGACAAAAGAGUUGUCUUGUCCUCAUGGGACAGCUCAUUCCCUCUCUGCAACUGGACCAGGGUUACAUGUGGCCGCAAACACAAGAGGGUUAUUGGUUUAGACCUUGGAGGAUUUCAAUUGGGCGGGGUGAUAUCACCAUCUAUUGGUAAUCUUUCGUUUCUCAAAACACUUAAUCUUGAAAACAACUCUUUUGAUGGAACCAUCCCUCAAGAAGUGGGAAACUUGUUUCGACUUGAAUACUUGUUUAUGGGAUCUAAUUUUCUCAAAGGAGAGAUUCCAACAAGUUUGUCUAACUGCUCUAGAUUGUUGAUCAUUGAUUUGUUCUCAAACUCUCUGGGACAAGGUGUUCCUUCAGAGCUAGGAUCAUUGAAGAAGCUUCUUGUUUUACAUCUUGCUAAAAAUAGCCUGAAAGGAAAGAUCCCUACAUCUCUUGGGAACUUGACAUCACUCAAUCAACUUAGCUUUGCAGAAAACAAUUUAGAAGGAAAAAUUCCUGAUGAUUUUGCUAGAUGGACUCAAAUGGUGUCUCUUGAGUUAUCAAUGAAUAGUUUCUCAGGUAUUUUUCCUCCUGCAAUUUACAAUAUGUCCUCACUUGUGUCUUUAAGCAUCUUCAACAAUCGUUUCUCUGGGAGCCUGAGGCCUGAUUUUGGUAAUUUGCUGCCAAAGCUUGGAGAGUUAUAUUUUGGAAGUAAUCUUCUCUCAGGAGAGAUUCCAACAACACUUUCAAAUAUCUCAACUCUCCGAAUGGUUAAUAUGGAGUAUAACAAUCUCACAGGAACUAUUCCUCCCAGCUUUGGAAAAUUAAGGAGUUUGCAAGUGCUAUCAGUUUAUAGUAAUUCUUUAGGGAGUCACUCUUUAAGAGAUCUUGAGUUUAUUAGUGCUUUAACUAACUGCACCCAACUCUAUACCUUAAAUGUGGCUAACAAUUCGCUUCGUGGUGACUUGCCUACCUCUAUAGCCAAUCUAUCCACGAACCUCAUUGAGCUAAACCUCGACUUAAACUUCAUCUCUGGAAGCAUUCCUUAUGACAUUGGGAAUCUUAAAAGCCUACAAAAAAUUUGGUUGGGAAGAAAUCUUUUGACAGGACCACUCCCAACCUCUAUUGGGAAGCUUUCAGAAUUGGUCUACCUAUAUGUCUUGUUAAAUAGAAUGUCAGGAGAAAUACCAUCUUCAAUAAGCAACAUCACUCGUUUAGAGAGACUAUAUUUGUCCAGCAAUAGCUUUGAAGGAACCAUUCCUCCAAGCCUUGGCAAUUGUAGCUAUCUGCAACAUUUGGUUAUGGAGGAUAAUAAGUUAAGCGGGGCUAUACCUUGGGAGGUAAUGCAAGUUUCAUCACUUAUGUUAUUAACCAUGUCACAUAAUUUAUUGACUGGCUCUCUACCAAUUGGAGGACUUACAAAUAUUGGUACACUAGCUGUUGUGCACAAUAAGCUAUCAGGGAAACUUCCAGAGGCUUUGGGAAAGUGUCUCACGAUGGAAAAACUUUAUUUGGGAGGAAAUUAUUUUGAUGGAACCAUUCCAGACAUAAGUGGAUUGGUGGGUGUUAAAGAGAUUGAUUUCUCGAACAAUAAUCUCUCUGGAGGGAUACCUAGAUAUCUUGUGAACUUCAAGGCUUUGGAGUAUCUCAAUCUCUCUAUUAACAACUUCGAUGGAAAGGUGCCAACAGAAGGAAAGUUUAAGAAUGCUUCUGUAGUUUCUGUAUUUGGAAACAAAAACCUAUGUGGGGGUGUCACGGAAUUGAAACUGAAGCCAUGCUUUUCGCUAAAACCAGCAAAGGAAGUUAAGCAUUUCUCUCUUUCCAAGAAAGUUGUGAUUGGUGUAAGCAUAGGCAUAUCUUUGCUUUUGUUGUUCUUUGCAGCUUCAGUUUCUCUUUUAGAAGUUGCGGACGAGAUGAUUCUUAACAAUGGACUUAGAAUUGGCUUCCCUAUUGUUGAGUGCUUGAAGCUGGUUUUGGAGGUGGGACUUAAGUGUGGUGAAGAAUCUCCUGUGAACCGGUUGGCAAUGAGUGAGGCCGUAAAAGAAUUGAUCUCAAUCAGAGAAAAGUUCUUUAGAUCCAGAAGAAGAGCUAGGCAUUGA